GGAAACUUUGAUUGUCACUCAGUCACUUCCAUCAGUUCGUUGUUCCUCUUCUUCCAUUGAAUUAUUCACAAUACUUUCCAGACUUCACUCCGUCGGCUGCCACCACCACUCACCCGGGUCACGACCGCGCCACCUCCCUCGCUCAGAGCCUCGUUACCCUCUGUCGCCACUGCGACUGCUGUGAUCAACUCGACAUUCAUUGCUUCGACGACUGUCAUCCGGCGACUGGGUGCCUGCCCUCUUCUAUAACUCGAACAGACCCGCCUGCGACCCGACGAGUACUUCAACUGUCGCCAACUUCUCCGUCUUCCCCAUCGCGUUUUUCUGUCAACAUCCCCGCCGACGACUUUUUUUAUCUAAGCUUCGCAUUAAUUUGCAUUUCUCUCGACCGAGCCCGAAUCCAUCUUCGAGUAUUCAAAGAAUCCACGACAGACAACAAGAGUCAGCGGACGCGCCCCGCCCAAGGCCCAAAGAAUGAAGACCAAUUCAUGAUCUGACCGGCACUCGACAACAACACCACACAAAAAAACAACGGCGCCCCUGUGCUGCUGGCAACAACUUGCGCUCCCUGGCCUUCUUCCACCAUGGGCGACGCUAACCCCGCCGACCCGACCGCUCUUCCGGGCUUCGGCCAGGACCAGCCCGACCCUGUCCGAUUUCCAAACACCAGACUGCGAAACUCGCGAUCAGCCUCCAUCUCGACAUGGACCACCACCUCGGGCGGCGGCCACUCCCACACUCAUUCGCAACCCCACAACAACCCGCGCGAAUCCGAGCAAUGCCGUAUCUGCAGAGGCGACGCCUCUCCCGACGACCCCUUGUACCACCCGUGCAAGUGCAGCGGAAGUAUCAAAUGGGUCCAUCAGGAAUGUCUGAUGCAAUGGCUCGCCCAGACCCAGAGGAAACACUGCGAGCUGUGCAAGACGCCCUUCCGCUUCACCAAGCUCUACGAUCCCGACAUGCCCAGGACCGUCCCCGCGCAUAUCUUUGUCGCCCACAUGUUCAAGUACUCGGUCCGUAAGCUCCUCGCUUGGGCAAGGGCCGCCCUCGUCGUCAGUGUCUGGCUCGGGUGGCUCCCCUACUUUAUGCGCUCGGUAUGGGCCCUGCUGUUCUGGCUCUGUGAGGAAGGCUGGGGAGGUCCGGCUGUGUUUUCAAGGUCUCAAAACACAUCAUCUUCAAACGGCUUCUCAGUCAGGGCCUACGGCACCACCGUAUGCCCAGCUAGUCCACUCUUUGUCGCCAACACGUCUCCAGCUAGCAUGGGGGCCGUGUUGGGACGUCUGCCCCUGAACUCGACCCAGUUCGUAAACAGCCUUGCUGGUGCCAGUUCUGGCGCAGGCCAUUCCUUCCUUUCCCUUUUGCUUCGCACCGUAUUUGGCUCAAGUGGUAUCGUGGACAGGCCUUCCCCGCCCCUCAAAGAGAUCCCCAGUCAGCUCGCUAAUAACGUUACUGCGACUCUGUACAUCGACCAAGCAGCUUCACCUUACAGCAAUGCAUCAUUGGUCCAUUCACCUUCGCUUCUCAGCGAGGUCGGCUUUCUAAGGAAUCUAACUCGGAACCCGACCGUCAACAACAACAUAAUUGCGGUUCUCGAGGGCCAGAUCAUCACCGUCCUUGUUGUUGUCUGUUUCAUCUUGAUUAUUCUUGUCCGAGAUUACGUUGUUCAACAGCAGCCGGAAAUCAACGAGCGCGCCGCUUUUGCCAACCUUCAAAACGUGCAGCCCCAGGUUGCUCCGCUCAAUGUUCCCGGCCCUGCCUUGAACGGUGAACUUGACGGCGGCCUCGGCGAAGAAGAAGGAGAAGAGGAGGAUGCAGGUACUGACGACGAACAUGCCUGGGAUGCUCAGCCUCCCCAGCCUAGACCCCCGCCUGACAGGCAACCCGUCAACAAUCCUUAUGCUUCGGACUUGGAGAGAGAACUCGGAGAAUCGGACUCAUCAACCAUAGAUGAGUACCUCAAUCUUUACAGAGAGGCCGGCGGAAACCCAGACAGAAUCGUGGAGCUGGCCCAGGAGCGUGGUUUGGAGGAAAGGUUGGCUUACUGGAUAGCGCUUACCAAGACCAUGAAGGAGCGCGCCGCCCGAGUUCAGGCGAAUUACAAUGAUGGCCUCAACUCUUCCGCGGCGGAAUCCAGUACUAGCGCGGCAGCGAGACCGUCAGGCCACAACUUGGAGAUGGACAGCACUCCUGCCGCUCCACGACCCGAUCCGUUUGAUGACUGGCGCUAUCCUUUGGAAGAAGAUGACCAUCAGGGUGAAAAAGCCGGAGAUGGUUCCAGGGACAAGGGCAAGGGCGUUGCGACUGAUGAUUCUGACACCGAGUCGGACUCCGAGAUUCUCGCUUCUUUGGCCAGGCCUCGCGCCAAUACAGAUGGGCCUGAAAUCAGAACGUACACCAAUCCUCUGGGAAGCAACAGCUGGUCUUUCAGCGACUUGCCAGAAGAUGACCCAAACAGUUCAUGCACGGAAGAAAAGGCCUCUCAGGUUAUUGCAACGCCCCCAGAUCUCACUAAUGACAAUGAUUCUUCCAACACCGAGGUCGAACCCUUGCUCGCUUCACUGGCCGGUCCAGCAGAAUCCGAGUCAUUCCAGGAGAAUCGUAGCCAAGAUGGCAAUAGGGAGACAGCCGCGGAUGCCCGUGUACACAUCGGACAGCCCACGGAAGCAGAACACUGGGGAACCAACCUUAACCCAGAGCGUCAGGCGGAACCACAAGCAUUGACCGAUGUAUCCUGGCCCAAUCUCGACGAGAUCACGGCAGAUAGCCCCGCACAAGCUCCUCAACCUCGUGGAUUCGUCCCUAGAGUGACCGACUUCAUGUGGCAAGGCGUUGAGGCCGAUCAGGCGCAACAGGAUGCUAUUGAUAUUAUCGCUGACGCUUUGAUGAGACGGGACGACGAAGACAACGUGGACGUUCGCGAUAACCCUGUACUUGACAACGAUGAUGACGUGGACCAGGAUGAUGACGCCGCAGCAGCAAUUGGCCUCGAACAAGACGCCAUUGAUGAUGCCGAAGACCUCGAAGGCGUCCUGGAGCUUCUUGGCAUGCGCGGGCCUCUGGCUGGCCUAUUCCAAAACGCCAUCUUCUGCGUCCUGCUCGUGUCAGCUACCAUUUUUCUCGGACUGUUCAUUCCAUACAACAUCGGUCGCUAUUCGCUGUGGUUCAUUGCGAAGCCUAUGCGUCCAGUCUGGAUUCUCUACAGUCUGUGCAGGUUCAUUCAGGACAUGGUUGUCAUUGCCUUCGGGCUCGUUUCCCACGCGCUAUCUCUGGUGCAUCCCAGUCUAGGGCUGGGUGGUGUGGCUCGCCUGGCCACGAAGCUCCUCUUCGGUAGCCGCCACGCUGCAGCGAUUCUCGAACCACAUAUUGAAAUGACCAACGCCGCUAGGCGAGUUGGACACACGGUCAUCAACGAGCUCGGCCGCGUAUCCAUGUCAGAGAUUCAUACCUUUUCUGCGGUUAGUCAUGAAGCCUUAUUGUCGGUCAAGGGGCAAGUCUUUUCCGGCUUUGCCGCCCUGGGCUCCGCGCUUGUCUUUCUUUUUGGAGGGGAUUACUCUACCAAAGCUCCUAUUGUGCUCUCUGCUGCGAGCAACGCGACUACAUUCGCGUUGGGCGCACUCAAGACUCUGCCGACUGCCUUAUUGAAGCCUAACCUGGUCAUCAAUGUCAACUUCCCUGACGCGAGUCAUACCAUCGACCCGGCGUUGGCAUACUGGAAUGGCACAGACAGAUUCUGGGCAAUCCUGGCUGGCUACCUCACAAUUUACCUUGCGGCGGUCUUGUACCUGCGUCAUGGCGGACCCAUAUCCUCCAGCCCAACCGGACAGGAAUGGGAGGCAGCUCUUAUUGACGCACUCAACCAGGCAAGCGGUGUGAUGAAGGUCAUCCUUAUUAUUGGCAUCGAGAUGCUCGUCUUCCCGCUUUACUGCGGCAUGCUUUUGGACAUUGCACUCUUGCCCUUGUUCGAAAAUGCCACCCUCAUGUCUCGCCUUCAAUUCACCCUCAACUUCCCCAUGACAUCGAUCUUCGUCCACUGGUUCGUGGGUACGGCUUACAUGUUCCACUUUGCGCUGUUCGUCUCUAUGUGCCGCAAGAUCAUGCGCCGUGGAGUUCUCUACUUCAUCCGCGACCCAGACGAUCCCGAGUUCCACCCGGUACGCGACGUACUGGAGCGCAACGUCACGACCCAGUUACGGAAGAUUGCCUUCUCUGCUCUCGUCUACGGGGCGCUUGUCAUAAUCUGUCUGGGUGCUGUGGUCUGGGGGUUGGCGCUCUCUUUGCCCAAUGUCCUGCCGAUUCACUACUCGUCCAACGAGCCAGUGCUCGAGUUCCCGCUUGAUCUUCUCUUUUACAACUUCCUGAUGCCCUUGGCCGUCAAGUUCUUCAAGCCUGGUGAUGGACUUCAUGCUAUGUACACUUGGUGGUUCCGCACUUGCGGCCGGUGCUUGCGAAUUACUUGGUUUCUGUUCGGGGAGCGCAAGGCAGAUGAAGAAGGCCGUCUGCGCAUGAUUGAGAGAGGCCCCGAUGCCCAGGUAUCAUGGUGGCAGGCUAUGUUCCUUCAAUUGGAUGAGUCUAAUGGGAUUGUGAGACCGUGGAAGCCCAAGUUCCUGGCCGAAAGCACCAAGGCUGAGACUUCCGAGUCCGAACCUGAAUCACCGAAUAUCCGAGGGUAUGUGCCGUCUGAGGCUGAGGCUGCUACCAGGAAACUGUCUCCUGAAGAAGGCUUCAAGGAUUACUUGGUCAAUACCAAGCAACUGAUUCCUGAUGGCCGCUUCGUUCGCGCUCCGGCAUCUGACCAGGUCAAGAUUCCCAAGGGCAAGACGGUGUUUCUUGAGGUGACGGAGAGGAAUGAGAGACUUGACGGCAAGCCUGAUGCACCCGAGACCGACCUUUACUCGACCACGCAGUACCGCCUGGUCUAUGUCCCACCGCACUUCCGAAUCCGCAUCUUCUUCUUCAUUCUCCUCAUCUGGUUGUUUGCCGCCGCUACGGGCGUCGGCAUUACGAUUAUCCCCUUGGUCUUUGGCCGCUGGAUGUUCAAACUCUUGAUUCCGGAGGGCGUAAGGACAAAUGACAUUUACGCCUUCGGCAUCGGCAUCCACGUCCUGGGGGUGAUUGUUUACGCGCUCAUCAACAUCCGGUCCCUUUCUCAGACUGCCAAGAUCAGGGUCGCCGCGACUAUCGCGUCAGUCUUUAACAACGGCGCAGUCCGCCGCAGCCUGGCUAUCAUCACCCGCAUCGCCAAGAUUAUCUACUCCUACGCCUUCCUCCUGGUCGUCUUCCCCCUCAUGAUCGCCUCCGUCGCCGAGCUCUACAUCAUGAUGCCCCUGCACGAAUUCAUGUACAGCGUCCCCAUCGCCCAAGACAUCAAGCAGGUCACCAUCCAACACGCGGCCGCUCUCAACCCGCGCCACACCAUCCGCGUCAUGCAGUCCUGGACCAUUGGUCUUUUGUACUUGAAGCUUUCGGUAAGGGGAAUCACCACCUGGUUCAGCGGCAGCCGUCUGGCCCUCGCUACCAAGGCCGUGCUGCGCCGUGGCUGGUUCAACCCCAACGCCGGGGUCUUGACUCGCGCUUUCGUCAUCCCUGCCAUCCUCCUCUGGACCGUUGCUAUGGCUAUUCCUACCCUCUUCGCCAAGUUUAUGAUCUCCUGGAGCCUGGCAGAGACCUUGACUCUCCGCCAUCCUCAAGCCGUCAACGUCGACGGCGUGGUGGACCAGACUCUCUACGACGCCUACGUCGUGCUCAUCUACCGGCGCAGCUUCCCGCUUACAGCACUGUUGUUGUUGGCUGCGGCGGCGGUGUGGGGCCUGCUGGGUGUGUUCCAGAGUUGGAAGAUGAGGAUCAGGGAUGAGGCGUAUCUCAUUGGGGAGCGGCUGCAGAAUUACGGAGGUGGGAUGCCGCAGAGGGGACUUGGAAGGGGGACGAGGGGUGGAUGGAGAGCUGGGAUGGCUGUUGGAGGGCGGUGAUGAGGAUACCUUGUCAGUGUGAAGAAGGAAGAGAGAUGGAGAGAUUCUGAAAAGAGAGGAAGAAAAGCAGAAGGGUAAAGUAAAGCGGGAGGUAAAGAUGAAAACAGCGAGAGAAGGCCAAUGAUACCAAACUGGACUUGUUGUAUAUGUUAAGAGUAUUGACAUAGCGUAGCAUAAAAGCAUAUUGAUUUGUUACUUGC